AUGGCUUCACUAUUAAAAACCUGCAUGCUCCUCCUUCAACUUUUGGCAUUUUCGGUGUUUACCAGCCGGGACCAUUGCGGUUGUGUUGCCGCUGUGAGUGUUGGUUGUGGUAAUUCUGUCCAUAACAAGCUUCUUGAUGGAGGAGAUGAUUAUUCAAAGCCACAGGUUGAGACUGAUUACAAGGGUGCAUGGGUCAUUGAUAACUUAGAUGUUGGCGUGUGUGCCAUGCAUCUACAGUUGAUGCCUAACGAUCAGGUUAUAUGGUAUGAUGCCACAUCACUUGGUCCAUCAGCCCGAAAAUUGGAACCUGAGGGAAACUGUCCGAUUAAUCCAUACGACAACCAGCCAGAUUGCUGGGCUCACGCUCUCGCUUAUGACUGGAAAACCUCACAAAGUAGAACGGUUGAGGUGUGGGGUGAAACAUGGUGUUCGUCAGGAAACUUGUGGCCUAACGGUAACAUGAUUUCAACGGGUGGUACCUACAAUGGUGUUAAAGCGGUUAGAAUGAUGCCUUUGGAUGACCCAAAACCAGACUUCAUCGAAGUAAGAGAUGCUCUUGGCGACGUCCGAUGGUAUUCAUCCAACCUGGUGUUACAAGAUGGGAGUGCGAUAGUUGUCGGAGGUCGAAAUGCUUUCAGCUACGAGAUUGUGCCACCAUCGCUUGAGUUCAAGCCGAAUAAAAUCGACCUACCUUUCCUUAACGAUACAUGCACACCCUCAAAGGGAGAGGGACCAGACAAAUACAUUGAGAACAACCUCUACCCAUUCCUUUUCCUCCUUACAGACGGAAACGUGUUCAUUUUCGCUAAUGAUCGAGCCGUCACAUUAAACCCAACAUCAGGACAAAUCAUUCAACAACACCCUGUGUGCCCAGGAGGAUCUAGAAACUACCCUCCUUCUGGCAGUUCUGCGAUCCUCCCAUUAAAGAUGUCCACAGAUAACACCCAAGCCCUUAAUGUAGAGGUUGUCAUUUGUGGCGGUAACAGCCCCGAUGCAUUUGAACUGGUCGAUGCAAAGCGUGUAAAGGUACAACAGUUCUUGCCCGCGCUAAAAGAUUGUCAUAGAAUACAUCCCAUGGAAAAAGGUGCACAAUGGGAGGAUGAACAAGACAUGCCAUCUCCAAGAACCAUGGGGUAUCUUCUACACCUGCCAACAGGAGAUCUUAUUAUGCUUAAUGGUGCCCAAAAGGGUACUUCUGGUUGGGAGAAUGCUAAAGAUCCCAACUUAACACCUCUACUAUAUCAACCAUUUAAGCCCAUUGGUCAAAGGUUUACAGAAAUGAAUCCAACCAACAUAUCGAGAAUGUAUCAUUCCUCAUCCGCAUUGUUACCCGACACAAAGGUUUUGGUUGCGGGUAGCAACCCACAUCAGUUCUACACAUUCAACGUCGAGUUUCCAACAGAACUACGAGUCGAAAAGUUCUCCCCUCAUUACUUAGACCCUAAGCUCGACAAACAAAGACCCAUAAUCGAUGAACAAGGUACGGAUAAGGUGUUGAAGUAUGGAAAACCAUUCAAGAUUGCAGCUAGUAUCCAGUCGCAAGAAUUUUUGGAGUUGGGUGAGAUUAAGGUAACUAUGUUGUACCCACCUUUCACCACUCAUGGUUUCUCACAAAACCAAAGGAUGAUUGUUCCUACGUUGACAGAGGUUGUUGAUAACGUGAUCACCGCCUUGGCGCCACCCUCUGGAAACUUUGCUCCUCCGGGGUACUAUAUUCUGUUUGUGAAUUAUCUUGGAGUUCCUGGAACCGGUGUUUGGGUCCACAUUGACUAG